ACAAGUGUAAAACGACGAUGUGCAAAGCGUAAUAAAUUGGUUACCGCUUUAAAUAAAAUUAAAUUUCGCUAUAUUAAGUCACCGCCAAGUCCGUCGUACUCUUAAAUCCUUGUUCCGCUGGAAUACUAUGGCCAUAUUCUUGUUCCAGCAAAGCAAGCAGUUUGUGAAAAUAGAACCCAUCCAAGAGAACUUCUACCCAGUCAUCCGGUACACCGACCGUGAACUAGGCCUAGACCUAUAUUGAUAUUGCAUUUGGCGAUCACAAAUUUUUAACCUCGCAGUCGGUAGCUAAAAUGGAUUCUACUGGAGAUGCUGGUAAAGAAGACGAUGACGAAAGUUCGUCCUCGUCGUCGAAUGUGCAAAAUGCAUUGGAUGAGUUCCGUGAAAAGUGGCAACAGGAGUUGAAAAAAGAUAACACCGGCUGCUCAUCGCUGGGAAAAUCCGGUUCUUCCAGCAAUAAUGAGCUGCUAAAUAAAGAGAACCUUUCCAUAGAACAACAGGCCAAAGUAUUGUUCAUUCAAGGAGCAGAACUAGAGCGGACAGGCAAAGUUUUUGAAGCUAUGCGUUUUUACCGAAGGGCAGUGCAACUAGUACCGGACAUCGAGUUUAAGGUAUAUGACAAAAAAGUAUCUGUUCAAAAGCAAGACCUUUCGAACAAAAGCAAUGAAAUUGAGCAACUUACUUCAAACUUGAUUGAAACUAGCCUGCAAGUAGGCGAAAAUCUGGAAAAAGUAGAUUUGGCAUCGCGUUUUCAAACCCUAUUGGCUAAAUCGGGAAAACUUUUUGAAAUGGCUUCAUCUGCCGAUCGAAUGCUUAUCGUAACUUCAGCUCAUUUUUCGGAUUUACCAAUGGAGGUUAUUUUGUACAUACUACAUUGGGUGGUAUCCAGCGAAUUGGACCUGAAGUCUUUGGAACGGUUCAGUAGCGUAUGCCGCGGGUUUUACCUGCUAGCCAGAGACCAAGAAAUUUGGAAAAGAGCAUGUCUAAGAGUAUAUGGAAUAAACGUAGGUAGUCUUUCGGGAUCUCCGUUUGUGACCUGGCGCGAAAUGUACAUUAAGCGACCACGGAUUCAUUUUCAUGGAUGCUAUAUUAGUCGGACAAGUUAUCUGCGAUUGGGAGAGAAUAGCUUUCAGGAUCAGUUUUAUCGACCUGUGCAGUUAGUCGAAUACUACCGAUAUUUUCGCUUUUUCGCUGACGGCAAAGUAUUGAUGCUUACCAGUCCUGAUGAUCCACAAAAUUGUGUUAAUAAGUUGAAAGCUCAUCAUCCCAUGCAAAGUGAAAUUCUUAGAGGUCAUUACAGAUUGCACAACGAUGAGGUCAUAAUAGCUGCGCAAAGAAACCGACACAAUCCACAGAUUCAGCGGCCGUAUAGAAAGAAGGAAAUUGAAUCGGAAUACGGACAGCAGACUUUCUAUCUGGAAUUAAAAAUUGUCAGCACAUCUAAACGAGCGUUUUCACAGCUCCAUUGGAGGCAGUAUUCGAUGAUACAAGUUCGUAAUAAUCAAGAAAAAACGACUAUUUUUGAUCUUGCUCCCACAAAAUACCCGCCGCUGUACUUUUCUCGCGUUAAAAGCUACCAUCAAGAAUCGGAGAGGCCUUUAAAGUGAAAAUGUGCUUACGCAGUGUUUGGAUACAUAAAGAAUUGAUUUGAAUUGGUGGACAAUUGCCAGGAAUCUAGUUUGGAAGGUAGCAUUUUUAUUCGAUUAACUCAACGUUAUUGUCUAAACUGAUAAUGGAAUACUAUAUAAUACAUAACUAUUUAGUUUAAAAUCAUCGUUAAAACUUAUCAGAAAAUGUUAUUCAUUAUUAUUACAUGAUACACAAAUAAAAACUUUUUGGUAGACAUAAAAAUGCU